ACACACACACACACACACACACACACACACACACACACACACACACACACACACACACACACACACACACACACACACACUGUACACUACAUUAGACCUGUCAUGUCACCUAGUUUCUGUUUGCUCGACGUGUUGGAUAAUGAUCCGGGGCGGAGCUGUUCACUUGAAUUUCAUGAAUUCAAAGGAAUUUAUACCAUUUCUCUGAGAAGGCUGUGGUGGACCAGAAUGGCAUGUGAUCACAACCUGAAUGACCUGAACCUCAAAAACACACAAACAACCAACUUUUAUAAAAUAUAUCUAAAUAAUAUGAGCCCUAACUAUGAGGACGGAUUCUGAUCCAAAGAGCCAGUGGCCGUAUCUCACCCCCCCGAGCAACACUCCCACCCCAGCUUGAGCGUUCAUAAGCAGGGUGAAAUCCAGAUGCUCCCCGCUGAGAACAGGUACUCCAAGCUGCGAUGGUUCUGGACCAUCGCCUCGCUGCUCUUUUACAUCGCAGACAUCGGGUCGGACGUCGGACUGGUGCUCAAAUACGUCCGGGAAGGACAUUUCCUCUGGGCGGGGCUGACGGGGGCAUUUGUGUUAGUGGGGCUCGCAGUGACACAGGUGUUCAGCUACGCUUGGUACAAAGACGACAUGAAGAACCCGGAGGGGAAACCAAUCCUGUCCACGCUGGCCUGCAUGCGCCUUGUGUCACUCCACGUGCUCGGCAUGGGAAUCCUCACCAGGUACGUCCAGCUGCUGAAAGCUGGGCACAGGGAGCUGUGGGUUGUGUCCUCUGCCCCCUCCCCGGAGGAGGAGAGGGGGGCGCACCACCGGCUCUUCUGUCUGGCCACCGACCUGAGCAUGCUCAAGCUGUUUGAGGCCUUCCUGGAGAGCGUGCCCCAGCUGCUCCUGCAGAUCUUCCUCAUCCUCCGCCACGGCGAGUGUUCGCACGUGCAGUACGUGUGCAUGGCCUUCUCCUGCCUCAACGCGGCCUGGGCCCUGGUGGACUACCGCCGCUGCCUGCGCCGCUCGCUGCCCGCCGCCCAGGAGAUGCCUGCGGGCCUCCCCACCGCCGUCUACCUGCUCUACAAGCUCCUCACCCUGGCCUCCCGCCUGCUGGCCUUCUCCCUGCUGCUCUGCCUCAGCCCCUACGCCCUGGGGGGGCUGGCCGCCCUCUGGCUGCUGGGCACCCUGUGGGCGUACUGGCUGCAGACCUCCUUCUGCACCCGGCGGACCACCGAGUGGGUGUACCGCGCCGCCGUGGGGGCCGUCCUCACCUUCACCUUCUUCAACGUCAAGGGCCAGGCCACCCGGACCCCCAUGACCCUCUACUACCUGCUCCACGCCGCCGUGAACGCCGCCGCGCCGCUGCUCUUCGCCCUGCUGUGGAAGCCUCCGUUGUCGUUGCCGGGGACGACGGCGGCCCCUCCCCCUGCUCCGACGGCGACGGAGCUGUGGUACUUCUGGGCGGUGGUGGGGGCCAUCGCCGUGGGGACGGGGGCGGGGCUGCUGUGUCUGGCGGUGUACUACGCCCGCAUGCACCCCCCGGGGAAGAGACGGGAGGCGGACGAGGUGGACGGGCCGGGGGGGGGGGCCCCACUGGGGGGGGUCAGGAUGAGGAAGUUCCUCCAGCUGUGA